AUGUCGAGCGUCGAACAAGAAGCUACUGCAUCCGCCAAUGGCGGCGUUGUGCCCGAUCCCAGCGUACAGGCAUCGGCGGAAUCGGCCCCCGUCAGCGCCUCGGCCGAGUCUACUUUAACCACGAAGCCAAUUGAUCUCGAGCUUCCUACGUCUGCCGCAGAUGGUCUCAUCCAGAAACCUUUUCCUAAGCCCCUGGAAUCUGCUAAGCCGGCAGCACCCGCCGAACUCACUGCGGAUCAACAAUCCAAGUACGAGGCCGUUCUCAAAACUGUCUCAUCAUGGACCACGGUUCCCACCAAGGCGGAGAAGAACGCGCCCACGUCUCCCAUCACCGACGAUGAAAAGAUGUGGCUAACCCGCGAAUGUCUCCUGCGCUACCUGCGCGCGACCAAGUGGAACGUCUCCGAGGCCGAGACUCGGCUCCAGAGUACUCUCACAUGGCGUCGCGAGUAUGAUUUGAAGAAAAUAACACCCGACUAUAUCUCCAUUGAGAACGAGACAGGCAAACAGGUCCUUUUGGGUUACGAUAUUCACGGACGGCCUUGCCUUUACCUCUUGCCCUCCAACCAGAACACGGAGAGAAGUGACCGCCAGCUCGAGCACCUCGUGUUCAUGCUGGAGCGCGCCAUUGAUCUCAUGGGCCCUGGUCAGGAGACCGUCGCCCUUUUGGUCAACUUCAACGAGACAAAGUCCGGCCAGAACGCCAGCCUCGGUCAGGCUAAGCAGACGCUUGGCUUUUUGCAGAAUCAUUACCCCGAGAGACUUGGUCGGGCUCUGGUCAUCAAUGUGCCCUUCGUCAUCUGGGGAUUCUUCAAAUUGAUCACACCCUUCAUUGACCCGAAUACUCGGCAAAAGCUCAAGUUCAAUGAAGACCUGCGUCAACACGUCCCGCCCAGCCAUCUCAUGAAGUCCGUCGGUGGUGAUGUCGAGUUCCGAUACGACCACGCGACUUACUGGCCUGCCUUGAACACGUUGGCUGAUCAGCGACGUGAGGCCUACCGUGAACGCUGGGUUCAGGGUGGCAAGCAGGUCGGUGAGCUUGAGGAUUACCUGAAGGGCGGUAACGUUCCCAGUCUGUCUCAGACCCAGGCUGAGGUAAAAGCUAGCGAAUGA